AUGUCUGAUUUAGAGUCACAACAUACACGAGAAGAGCUCGAUAAGUCCGAGGAUGAGGAAAUCCAACUCAUCAAUGAAAGCCGGCCACCAAAGUUGGAUAAAGAGACGAUCAAGCGGUAUCUGAAAACCAGAUUCACUGAGCUAUUGCCAACAAAGCAACAGAUGAAACAAAAUAAACAUUUGUUGAAUCCAUUGCCAGGCUUGAGAAUGAUGGGUCGUAGACAAUGGCUGAUGUUUCUGAGUGCCUUCUGCGCAUGGACCUGGGACGCGUAUGAUUUCUUUACAGUGUCUCUAAACACCGUACAAUUGGCCAAAGAUUUUGAUAAGAACGUCAAGGACAUUACAUGGGGGAUUACACUUGUGUUGAUGCUAAGAUCAGUGGGGGGUAUCACUUUUGGUUAUUUGGGUGAUAGGUAUGGUAGAAAAUGGCCUUUGGUUGCAAACUUGUUAAUUGUUUGUAUUCUAGAAAUCGGAAGCGGGUUUAUCAAAACCUAUAGGCAAUUUCUAGGCGUGAGAGCACUAUUUGGUAUUUGUUUAGGGGGGGUUUAUGGUAAUGCCACUGCCACUGCAUUGGAUGAUUGUCCUACAGAAGCCAGAGGGUUCAUUGGUGGGUUGUUGCAACAGGGUUAUGCUUUUGGUUAUUUGCUUGCCGUUGUAUUUAAAAGAGCUAUUGCUGACAAUUCGUCACAUAAGUGGAGAGCUACCUUUUGGUUUGGUGCUGGUAUUUCCUUUCUAUUUGCACUUUUCAGAGCCUCUUUACCUGAAACAAAGGCAUUUCUAAGAAAAAAGGAGAUUGAGAGGUACAACAAGGAACACGGGAUUUAUCAACCAACAUUCCAAAUGAAAAUUGUGGAAUCGUUGAAGAACUACUGGUUGAUGAUGAUAUACCUUGUUUUGUUUAUGUCGGGAUUCUCAUUUAUGUCACAUUCAUCACAAGAUUUGUAUCCUACCCUAUUGACUGUGAGAUACUCCUUUUCAGAGAACAAGGCCACAGUGACCAAUUGCGUUGCCAAUAUCGGUGCAUUUAUUGGCGGUGUAUUUACCGGCCAUAUCUCUAACUUUUUGGGCAGACGGUUGACGAUCAUGUUGAUAUGCAUCUUUGGAGGUGCGUUGAUUUACCCUUGGGCUUUUAUUGAUGGCACAGGUAUCAAUGCAGGAGUUUUCUUUCUACAAUGGUGUGUGCAAGGUGGACUAGGGGUCGUGCCUUCGCAUUUAUCGGAGUUAGCACCACCUGAUUUACGUGCAUUUGUCGUUGGAAUCAGUUAUCAAUUAGGUAACCUUGCCGCUUCAGCCUCUUCGACAAUCGAAACGACAAUUGGUGAACAGUUCCCAAUGACUUCACCAAGUGGCGAACCCAUCUACGACUACGCAAAAGUCAUGGCCAUAUUUGUAGGUUGCGUCUUUGCUUUUGUCCUUAUAGUCACCUUAUUUGGCCCAGAGAGAAGGAAUGCAUCCUUUGAGAAUGCUGUAACUACUAAUGAGGAGUUCGGCAAUUCCGCCGGAGCCGUUGACAAGAUUGAGCACGUGGAAGAAUGCAUUGUUCCAAAGCACGCUCGUAACCAGCAAUGUUAA